AUGACUUAUAGUAAAGUCUUUGUCCUCGAAACUGUAUGUUUAAGUUUAUCUGUUGUAAUCCGUGCAUGUGUGCAAAGUUCAAAUGAUUACAACCGGGGGGUUGAAGGAGUUUGUCCAUGGACACACACCUUCGAAGAACGUGUAAAUAAAAAUCAAGACAUGUUACCUACUAGAGAUGAUACGGGUUACAUUGAUAUUUCUUGGUGCAAAGUAUGCGCAAAUAUGAAUUUUAUUUUUUGGGAUUUAUCUCCAGGGUCAUGUGUUUAUUCACAGGUGCCACCACAACCAAGUUUAUAUAACAUUGACCUUACCGAUAUUGUAAAUAUCACAGGAUUACCACACCACAGAAUUAAUUUUUUCCCGGGUGUAACACCUCCAGACUAUUUCUACUUCCCAAAUUUGGAACAAUACUCACAUUAUAAGUUUAUAUUUCGACUAAACAAAUCGAUUACUUGGAAUUUGUGGGAACCCACAACCGCUACUAGACCCGCGUAUACUUCGUGCGCCGGUAGUUUAGAUUUUUGCGCUAGAAAUUUGUUAAUUAUCGAGAGAGGUGGUAGAGUCAAGUUCAAUAACUCGCCCUACCCUGUGAAAACAUUUAUGGCCAUUAUCGUCCAAGAUGGUGGUGUUUUUGAGCUUGACCCAACACUUAAUGUAGAGUUUCAAACCGCAAUGAUUGUUUUGUAUCCAGGCUCCACCUUCAUUUCCAAUCCUCAACCAAAUGUAAACCACAUUAUCACACCCAGCUAUCCAUUCUAUACAGGAUAUUUCCAAUAUAGAGAGUUCGAUCCCUUCCACGUAGCUUCCUUCCUUUGCGUUGGAUGUAACAUCAGCAUUGUAUCAUCGAGAGGUGCUGCCAACAUUCCCGCUUCAUUCGCUUCCCAGACCGAUGGUGUACAGUAUUGUAUUUCAAAGACAUAUCCAACUUUCAAUUGGACAAAUCCAAUCUUGAAUAAUGACAAAGUCGGAUUGGUCUUACCCAGCAAUGGAGAUCUAAAUUCCUUAUCCGUCGCCAACAUUUCAUAUAAUGUUAAAUAUGCCCCUCAAUGUCAAGAGUACUAUUUCCCUAGUCCAGUUGCUAGUAUCCCAGCUUUUUCAGGUCCUGUCGAUUAUGAUCCAACAAAUGUCCAAGGAGUCAAUUUCAUUUAUAGUCUUGAAACUUCCAGUAAUGUCAAUAUCUACGGUUAUAACGCACAACAAGCACAGUUGGUCUUCGUUGGCAAUGCAACAGUUUUAUUGAAUGGUGCAGUGUUUGAUAAGCUCGGAACAACAAAUAACUCUGUAUUGGAUGAUACAACCUGGGACGGUACAACUCUUAAGAUUGGUAACAAUAUUCCAGAUCUUUAUCCAAUCACACUUUUGCAUGUCACCAACUACGUUACAAUUAUUAACAAUGUAUUCAAAGACUCCCCAGUAUCUACUAGUGCUUAUUAUGGUUUUACUGGUUCAAGAUUUCUUAUUGGAGCCAAGAGAUCAUUUGGAACAAUCAAUAAUAAUGCUUUCUUAUUGAGAAGACCAGAGUCAACAGGUAUUGGAUUCCUCUACGGUACUGAAGAGUUUGAUGUUUCAUUCAAUACAUUCACUACUCCAUACAAAGGUGUUCUUAACCAAUCGAGUUUCGGAGUGUAUCCAGAUGUACGACCAGGAAAUACUGGAAUCUAUACAGUCUCACCGUAUGUCUCUUUAACAAACAAUUCAUUCCAAGGUGCAUUCCAAGGUGCCCCAAUUAUUAUUGAUCCAUUGCCAAAUAGAGCUCAACUGACCGGUAUCAGUAUCGAACCAUUGAUUGGAAAAAAUGCCGGCCAAUUCCAAAACAACUCGCAGCCUGUAUACAUGACCUGGAAUAAAUUCCUUUGGUCAGGAAUGGAAGAGAAUAGAUUCUAUAGAACUGCUUUGCCUGCCAUCAACAACUACCAAAACAACCCUCCACCUCUCACUCUGAGAUUGUCCAAAUCCGUAUUUUAUAAGUGUCAGAGCUUCAAUUUUAAAACAAAAGCGAAUACCUUUUUCAAUUAUGAAUUGGUUUUCGAUCAAAGUUUAAUCACUGGUUUCUUUACAAGACUCAUGGGAUUGUCUUUGGUUGAUUCAAAUAAUGUUUUUGUUGGAAGUUAUCGUGGAUUAACAUUUGUCAACUCUAAUAUGACAAUGUCAUUCAACCAACUUACCAACUCUUAUUUCAGAGAUCUUAUUCACGUCGAAAACUCCCUAUUCACUUCCAACAUCUCAACCACAGCCCAAAUACAAAAUUAUUCACCACAAGUCGUAUAUAAGAACUCUCCACUUUCAUAUGGUGAUGCCUCUGGAUAUAAUACAGUUUCUGUUUUCAAAGUAUUACCAGAUCCAUCCAUUCCAAUCACCCAAGCAAGCUUUGCCUACACUGUCAUUUACGAUCAAUACAACACAUACUUGGUAAAUAUUUCAGUUGAUGGAGUUCCAGUUAUCACCAACCAAACUUUCAGCAAUUGUAUUUCAAUUACCGUUCCAAUCACCAUCCCCAAUUUCACACCAGGUCUCCAUAAGAUUGAAAUGUCGAGCUCUCCAACCAUAAAGAACUACAACGGAUAUUUUUACAGAUAUUCAUUGAGUCACAAAGCCGGUGUUGUUACCAACUACAAUGUCCAAUUCAACUACAAUUUCUAUUUGGGUAUCGACUUGAACGGCAACUUUACAACCAGAAAAACUCCAUUGCCCAUUUUUGGACAACAAUGGACAAGAUGCCAAUGGGUUUCAGAUAUUUGUCAAAUCUCAGGUGGAUCCUACUCCAAAUUCGACACCAAACCUUCAACCAUCACCAAUGGUAGUAUAGUGGUAUCCGACUCUGAUACUAUAGAUAUGCUAACAACAUACUAUGGAAAUUCAACUGGUCAGGGAUCCUCGAUCACAAUCAACCUCCAACCUGGAUACUAUCAAUUGUUCCUCUACUAUGCCAAUCCAACAAACGUUCAACCUCAAUAUACACAAUCAACAUCACUUCCAAGAUUUUCAGUGACUAUCAACGAUCAAUUCGUCACACCGUUGACAAGAACAUUUGCCAACUACCAACAAUAUCAAAGAACAUCAGAGUAUCUUAUCGAUAACAGUGGAAGUUCAAUGAAAUCAUACAAGAUUCAAUGGGGAUACAAUGGAAUGUACACUCCACUCUCUGGAGUCGAAAUCUAUUCGUCAUUGACCACUCCAUACCCAAUUCCAAACGAUCCAAUUCCAUCGACCACCACCACCGCCACAGCCACAGCCACAGCUACAAACACCGCAUCAGGACAAUCUACCGGUGCCGGCGUUUCAACCUCCACCACAUCCACAACCACAGGAAAUAACAACGAGUUUAUUUUCACUGUAUCGUCAAUCACAACACACCACAGUACUGCCUCAAGUAUAUUCUCAACCAACAUUAUAUCAAUCAUUUUAUCAGCUUUUGCUUUAUUAAUUUUAAUUUUGAGUUGUUAUUUACUUGAUUCUGAGACUGAUUAA